AUCUUGUAUGUUGUGGAGUUUGCAACAGUUUGACAAAUGGAUUCUACUAUCACUGCCCCACUUGUGAUAUAUAUGUUGAUAUCCGUUGUGCAUUCUUACCAACAAGAAUAAAAUACAAAUUACACAAGCAUCACUCCCUUGUUCAACGGCCAGCCUCGAAUUCUACCUGCAGUGUAACCAGGUAUCGAAAUGAGGUUGGGGUCGAAUAUGGAUGCGAAACCUGCAGUAGUUUCAAGAUUGGUAUGUGUUUAUGCAUGCGGCUGUAAAUCCUGGUUUUACAACUUGGCUAAAAUUAUAAGCAAUUAGGAAGAAUGAAGUUUAAGAAUGCAGUUUACUGUAGAAUGCAUGGGAACAGCUUGUCAAUGGUGAGUGUGUAUCUGCAAUGACUUGUGGUAUAAGUUCUUGAAAAUAAAGUAAAAAUUAAAGUUCCAUUCGAAAUUCACUCCUAAUUAAAGUAAAAGAAAGUUUUUGAUACUUUAGGUUACUUGAGAAUGGGAGUAGCAUCUUGAUGGUCUGAAUGGUGAGUGCGAAUCUGUGCUCACUUGUGGUAUAAGGCUACUCAAAGAUUCAAAUACAAAGUUUAUUCCGACAUUCCCUGGUAAAUUUAAAGUAAAAGAUAAAGUUUGAUGCUUCAGGUUCUUGAUUACUGCAAAUAUAUAUUUGAUCCCAGCACCAGAUUAUCCAGUAGUAUUUCUGAGAAAUUUAAAUCCUCUUUCAAAAUCUCUUCCUCAACACAGAAAUGAAUUCAGUGUUCGAGUACUUCAGAAAUUCUGGGUACUCAUUCAAAAAGUAUAAUAUUUUAUCCGAUGCUAGUUGCCAUAUGUGCAACAAAUCAGUUGAAGGCUCUGCUGCAUAUUUCUUUCAAGAUACUACGCUUAGUGAUUUUCAAUAUUUCUACCUGCACAAUACUUGUUCAAAAUUACACAUAUCAGUUUAUUUACAUGAGCACCCAUUAUGUUUAAAAGAAAAUUUUAGUAUUGAAAAGAAUGCUGCAUGUCAUAUUUGCAACAAACCAAUUGUAGGCUCUCCUACUUAUUCAUGUAUGAGUCAUGAUGUCGAUGUUCAUUGUCAAAAUUUCUACCUUCAUAAAAUUUGUGUAGAUCAAUUGCCAACACAAAUAGACCACAAUAAGCACAAGAUACAUCCCCUUUCUCUCCUACCACGCCAAGAUAAUUACACUUGUGAUAUUUGUACCCGGGAUGUGAAGGUCUCUUAUGCUUGUGUUGAGUGUGAGUUUGAUGUGUGUGUGUUUUGUGCUUUCGAACAGAGAGUGCUUCAUCAUCAAGGACACAAGGAGCACUCACUCAUAUUAAUGAAGAAGAAAGCCUUAUCUGAUUGUGAUGCGUGUCAUGAGGAAGCCAAAGACUAUUCUUACGUUUGCACAACAUGUGAUUUUUGGAUCCACAAGAGUUGUGCCUUAUCCCCCUCCAUUAUACCAAAUCCUACGUAUCACCAUCACCCCCUCACUCUCGUCUACUCUAUUCCCGACAUUCAUCGCUAUUUCAAGCAAUACUGUGGUAUCUGCCACAAAAAGGUGUACAAAAGCUAUUGGGUGUAUUAUUGCCAUAAAUGCACAUAUUUUGUACACAUGAAAUGUUCUACAUCCACAGUAUCCAUGGGAAAUAAGGAUGAAGCAGAUGACAGUGAUAAUGAAUCUGAUCUGGUACAAUUUCCUCUGCCUAGCCGAGAAUCAAUGUUUGAUAUCAUUGUAGCUCAGUGCGGCAAGCUCAAAGUUGACUUUCAAGGCAAAGGUGAAAACAGUGAUACUAUCACAACAAUACCUAAUGAUCCCUUUAUAAUUGAAAAACAUUGGAGCCACAAGAAGCAUCCAUUACAACAGCUUAAGUUUACCAUCAGUCAGAAUUGUGACGACGACAGUGAUGAUGAUAACGAAGUGCUGAUAUGCAAUGGCUGUAUUCAACCCAUUACUGUUUCCCAUCCGUCUUACUACGGUUGUAUACAAUGUGAUUUCUUUCUCCAUUCCUUUUGUGCGACUAAGUUGCCCCAGAAGUUGCCUGUAGGAGCAUCCCACUUUCACCCCAACCAUUCUCUCUUGCUUCAGAUGAAGGAUAAAUUUUAUGAUUUUGUGGUUUGUGGAGUUUGCAACUAUUCGACAAAUGGAUUCUACUAUCACUGCCAGACUUGUGAUAUCUAUGUUGAUAUCCGUUGUGCAUUCUUACCAAGCAGGAUUAAACACAAAUCUCACAACCACCACUCCCUUGUUCAGCGUCCAUUUUUUAAUUCCAGGUGUAGUAUAAGUGGGUUGAAAUUUACUACGAAAAAUGAUAUGGCAUAUGCAUGUGAAAGUUGCAGUAAUUUCCAGAUUCAUCUAAAAUGUGUAUUUCUUCCAAGUAGCCUGGAACACAAAUAUGAGAUCCACCCCAUAACUCUGAGAUAUCCGCCAUUUUUCUAUGAGGGAGUAUUCUACUGUGAAAGCUGUGAAGAACGAGUUAACAACCAAGAGUUGCUCUACCAUUGCACUGAAUCUGAACAUUCUUAUCACUUUUAUUGCGGGUUUUGGCUUAACACUAUCAAGUUAGGAGCUGGGACAAUAAAAGUUUUAAUUGCGGAUAAACCGCACACACUUGCAUUAGUUUUGAAGAGGUCUACAAGAAAGAAGUCCGCAUGCUCUUGUUCCCAUUGUUCAACUACUUUCCUACUCCCCAGAUUCUUCUACGAAUGUGAUGGCUGUGGGUUUCUUGCAUGUUCAAACUGCACCGCCAAACUCCUGGGCGAGAAACAGAGGGCACUUUUAUGAAAUUCAAACGCCGCUUUUGGAUCUCUGGUGCACUUAAUGCAUAAGUUAUUGUAUGUGAACUGAUAUACUAUAAAUUAAACUGUUCAUUAUUCUGUUCA